AUUUCAGUAGUUUCGAUUUCAUUAUAGGGGGACUAGUGUACAUGGGAGGGGUAUAUUUCCCAGAAUACAACACGAGGGGAGGCUGAAAUGACGUUUCUAUUUAAUCAUGGUACCAUUAGGGAGGAGAUGGGAAGAAAGUGCUAAGCUACCCGAAACAUAAACCAAGUCGGCAUUUGCGCUGCACCGGAACUAGUGAGCACGCCGUCCUCUGUGCACACUCACCCACCAGAGGAGGCCAUCCCAGCCGGGACCAUGAGCGAGCGUGGCCCUCGCACGGAGGCCUCCAUGUUUUUGCAGGUGGAGGUGGACCGCCUCGAGCGCGAUGACAAAGAGGACAACGAUGAAGACAAGAUGGCGCACUACGACGACGACGACAAAGAUGACGACGACCUGAUGUCGGCACCCUCGGGCUCCCGCGUCUACGACCGCACUACGGUGCUCAUCGAGCAGGACCCCAUCCGUCUGGACGAGGAGGGAGAGGAGGACCAUGGACACUGCGUCGGGGGGGACCACGAUGGUGGGGGCGCUUUCCUGGUCGAUGAGGAGGAGGAGGAGGAGGAAGAGGAGGAAGGCUCUAUGACCUUCAUGGGCGACCAGGACGGCAUGUCGCAGGGAUACGUGCAUCACACCAUCUCGCCCGACCAGAUCCAGUUCAUCAUCAACCCGGGGUCCAUGGCCAUGCCACGCAACAUCGAGGGGGCCACCCUCACCCUGCACUCGGAGUGUCCGGAGACCAAGCAAAGAGAGGUGAAGCGGUACCAGUGUAUGUUUGAGGGCUGCACACGGACCUACAGCACGGCGGGCAACCUGCGCACACACCAGAAGACCCACCGGGGCGAGUACACGUUUGUGUGCAACCAGUUGGGCUGCGGCAAGGCCUUCCUCACCUCCUACAGCCUGAAGAUCCACGUGCGCGUUCACACCAAGGAGAAGCCCUUUGAGUGCGACGUACAGGGCUGCGAGAAGGCCUUCAACACUCUGUACAGACUGAAAGCGCACCAGAGACUGCACACGGGGAAGACGUUCAACUGCGAAUCGGAGGGAUGCACAAAGUACUUUACCACACUCAGUGACCUGAGGAAGCACAUUCGCACUCAUACAGGGGAGAAACCAUUCCGGUGUGACCAUGAUGGUUGCGGCAAGGCGUUUGCUGCCAGCCAUCACCUAAAGACGCACGUGCGGACACACACAGGGGAGAAGCCUUUCAAUUGUCCCAGCAACGGCUGUGAGAAAGCAUUCAGCAGCCAGUACAGUUUGAAGAGUCACGUCAGGGGCCAUGGGGACAAGGGCCAGCCCUUCAGUGUCACCCUCACUCACCCCCUGUCCGAGGAUGCAAAUCAUUCACUGUGCCUCAGUGACUUGAGUCUCAUCUCGACUGACUCGGAGCUCAGAGAAAACAUCCACAAUUCUCAGAACUUGGACUUGAACAAUGUUACCCCCGUGAGGAUCUUCGAGCUCAUGUUCCAGAGUCCGGAGAACAGUGUCAGUCAAGACGAUGCCCAUCCUCACGAGAGCCUUGUCGAAGCUUUUGGCCAGGAGACUGGUCAGUCCACCAUGGGCGAUGGAUCCACCCCCAUCUCCUUCUCUUUCUCCCUUGUCCCUUCCUCCUCAUCGUCCUGUUCCCACCCACACUAUCACCCUCACUCCGACACCACCUCCACCACUGUCCUGGAGGCUUCCUCCCAGCUCCCUCUUAGCCAAACCCCCUCUUCCCAACCGCCAGCAUCUCCUGCCACCAUUAGUAAUGUUACUGCAAUCAGCUCCACCCAGCCCCUUGCCACCUUCGUACCCUUACCCACUGCCAUGCAGACACCAGAUAUGCCUGCCCCCAACGUGGCGCUGCCCGUCCAGACCACUCCAAUAGUGCCCUCUGCUGCGCCAGUAUUGGUGCCAGGCCCAGCCCUCACCAACGCGGCUCUGGGCACUGUAGUUGCUGCCACCCCCACAGAGACUGUGCCGCUGCCGGCCGUGGCUCACACACACACAGUGCCUUUGGCCAGCAACACCAACCCUGCCCUGGCGCCCCCAGCCUCUGCCCCCACCAUCGCCCUAAGUCACAGCCACACCCAGAGCCUGCUGCAGCCCAGCAUCGUCAUGUCCGACCAGAACCUGCAGUGGAUCCUUAACACCGCUGCCAACAGCCAACAGAACCCAGAGCAAGCGCCACACGGAGGUCCAAAAGUGGAGAAGGUCUUCUUUACCACAGCCAUACCAGUAGGAGGCAAUUCAGGCAACUCUGUCCAGCAGAUCGGCCUCAGCCUGCCCGUCAUCAUCAUCAAACAGGAGGAGUCCUGCCAGUGCCAGUGUGCCUGCAGGGACUCUUCUAAAGACAAGCUCUCGAACAAGAGCAGCAACACCUCGGCAGCACCACAACAGCCCACAGUGCUCCCCGCUCCUCUACCACCCUCCGCUCCCGUGGCACUGCCCUUCCCCGUACUCCCCCCGGCACCCUCUUCCCCCUUGUGCUGCCUCCCACCGCUCACCUCGGAAGUGAACGAGUCCCCUCCUCUUCCCCAAACAGGAGCGGUACUAGGACCGGGUAGCCCCUCGAACUCUGUACAGACGUUCCCCCCAGGGGUGGCCACGGCGACCACCAACCCCCAUCCGAUCACGUCCAUGGUGGCCAAACCAUCCGUGUCGGAAUUCCUGUCCCUGCAGAGCCCCGAGAGCACGGCCAACAUCGAGGCUCUGCUACUGGUGACCAGCAAUGAUGACUUCACUCUGGCCACCGCUGGCACUAGCACCACCACCAACCCCUAGUGGACACUCAGGCUUCGUCCCUAUUCGCCACUCUUCUCUUGCAUACUCCCAGUCAUGGAUUUAAAAGCAUUUUUGUGUAAGCGUUGGGCAGAGGGAGUUUCUACCAUUGUUAAAUUAAAGGGAGUGUGCAUAUGCACACAUUAGGAGAGGAUAUAGAAUCAGGACGCAGCCGUACUAGCCGAUUUACCCACUACGCAUCCGCUUUUCAAGUAUUGUAAGUGAAACUUAAUGAGGGGGAAAUUUUGAAAAAGCAGCUAAAUGCAUGCCAGUCAAGAAAAGUGUUCUUAAUUAGCUGGCUCUCCAUCAAACAAGACAAGGUCCUAAGCACUGAUCAUUUGAAAGGCCCGAGGAACUAUUGUGUGCUUCUAAUAUGGCGUGAAGCUGAUUCCUGAGAGCAACAAAACAUUGUCUAUAUACAUGUACUGUACAAUAGUUCUUAACUGUAACUAUUAUGAUUAGUUGGUAAGUGAUUGACCAGAAUGCACUGCAUGUGAAGUGAAUUGGAAUUUCAUCAACUAUAUUUCCUACAAGGAAUUAGUGUUGCCAUUCCCUUAAAAGCAAUUUAUUGCUAAUGCCAUAAUGUGAAGAGUAAUUUCCAGUGUUUUACCUAAAUUAGCUAGUGUAGUCCAGAUCAUUGUUUUGUCUUUUGUCUCACUUUGUUCGUUUUUGUCUUUCUUUACAGGCAUAUUUACUAAUUGAAAAAGAUAUUGCCUGUGACGCAAUGUGCUUGCCUUUUUAAAUAUAAUUUAGAAGUAAAUGCAUUAGUAAUAAGCCUAUAACUUAAUAUUUAAUUUGUCAAUUAUUUAUUUAUUGGAGAGAAAAAAAAUCUAAAUCUCUGACCUUAGACUGUCAUCAAGUCACAGCUUAUUCAUCAUCAUUGUAAUCAUUGUUAAUUUAUUCCACUUUUCGCCCAAGGUUUCUUUUUUAGUCCCCCCCCUGUUACUGAUUUUUGUUUUAUGGAGCCCCUCUCAGUCUGUUUCAGAAAGCUGUUUCAACACAACGCAAUUAAUUAUAUAUCAAGGUUGUCAAAAGUCCUAAAUUGAGUUUUGGUCAGCAAAACCUCUUCACAAUGAAAUCAUUAAUCAAUUAUGAAAAUAAUUGCUUACGACACUGUUUCUCUAUGAAUUAUGACGCACUCAGGGAUGCAUCAUGGCAUAUCUCAUUUAUACAGCUUGAGAUUUUCCUUUAUUUAAUAAGAGAUUGUCCAUUUUGACAUUUUAGAAGGCAACUGCCCGGAUGCCCAUCGAUUGUAGUAGCCCCCUUUUUCGGCUGCACUCUCCCCUCUUUGUGCACCGUCUAAUAUGACUAGUUUUCUGCGUUAUUACUAUGACUAUUUAAAUACCACUGCUGUCAGAAGGGGUUUCUGAAGGGUGUUGAUGAUGGUGUAAAUACAUUACAUUUAAAUAUAUGAACACUUAUUCCUUCAGAUUGUUUAAGAAUGUAUUUGCUUUGUAUAUACAUUUUGAAUAUGUAGACUUGAACCUUGGAGACUAAAGACAAUACACCCUGCGCUGCCCUUUGUCUUUGCAUUCUGCCCCCAUGCAGAUGCUCUCACAUCUUAUGCAGAAGAGUUUAAAAUGAAGCCUAAUAAUGGUUAGUUUUAGGGCCACUGGCUACUGUGCAGUCAACAUAGUAUUUAUUUUCAAAUGCAAGUGUAAGUAACUUUCUUAGAGUAUAUGACAAUAUUGUUUCACAUGGGACAUAAUGCAAUGAUUAUAACAAAAAAAAAAAAAAAAAAAUGGAGAGAAGGCAUUAUGCCCAAAUAUCAUGUGUAGAGCAACCUUGCCUUACUACAGGAUAUCUCACUUGCUGUGGCUUACUGAGCAGUCUCCUUGUCUUGUCAAUCUUUGCCUAUGGCUUGAUUUGGACACGCUGCUUGAUUACGUUCUCCUGUUUAUCUAGUCUUGUUCAAUGCCUUUUAGCAGCUGUCUACAAGUGGACAAAAUUACAUUGAAAAGAAAUGCUUCAUUUUUUGUUUGAAGAUUUAACAGAUAAAUGUGCCAACAAUUCAAAUGAUCCCAAUUAUUAUUUUUAUGUCAUUUUUUUGUGAAGAUGUUACUGCAGAAAUAUACUGUAGACUGAAAUUGUUUCUCUUGAUUCUUUGUAGUACUGUAUUGGAGACAACUUAUUAAUACUUUAUUUUACAGAUCACUACAUCAAUGUUGUAGUUGGAAAUUAGAAUUACAUCAACAUUUUAAUUGCUACUUCACAGGCAUUGAUUGACAGCAGCUAUCAUGGUCUAUUAUUUAGCAUGUAAAGGGUGACCGAGAUCCAACCUAGGCGUCAUGUAUCAUAGGAUAACAGAGUACGCAGGAAAUCUUUAUCUGGCAGACCUGAGUAGGAGAAAUGUGUAAACUAACAUGGGCUUUGCCUUUUUCCUGUUUUGAGAUUUAACUGAUACCAAAACUUGAUGAUAACCUGGAAUAUUGAUUAAUGUAGUUAGCACUUAAAAUUGGGUCCACUAGAUUGUGAAUUGUGAUUUGAGAUUGUGGGGCGGCAGGGUAGCCUAGUGGUUAGAGCGUUGGACUAGUAACCGAAAGGGCAGUUAGCCUAGGAACAGUGGGUUGUCAUUGAAAAUAAGAAUUUGUUCUUAACUGACUUGCCUCGUUAAAUAAAGGUAAAAUAAAAAUAUAUAAAAAAUAUUAAAUAUUAAAUAAUUAGUUUCUUAUUGAUAAAUUAAAUAAAAAUAUUAACGCAACCAUUUUUUAAAGAUUUUACGGAGUUAGUUCAGAAAAGGAAAUCAGUAAAUUUGAAAUAAAUUCAUUAGGCCCUAAUGUUUGGAUUUCACAUGGGUGGGCCUGGGCCCACCCACUGGGGAGCCAGGCCCAGCCAAUCAGAAUGAGUUUUUCCCAACAAAAGGGUUUUAUUACAGACCUAAAUAAUCAUCAGCUGUCUCUGUGGCUGGUCUCCGUCAAUCCCACAGGUGAAGAAGUUGGAUGUGGAGGUCCUGGGCUGGCGUAGUAACACGUGGUCUGUGGUUGGACGUAUUGCCAAAUUCUCUAAAACGAUGGAUGUGGCUUAUGGUAGAGAAAUUAACAUUCAAUUCUCUGGCAACAGCUCUGGUGGCCAUUUCUGCAGUCAGCAUGCCAAUUGUGUGCUCUCUCAAAACCUGACAUCUGUGGCAUUAUGUGCCCAGCAUAAGGUGAACCUGUGUAAUGAGCAUGCUUUUUAGUCAGCUUCUUGAUAUGCCACACCUGUCAGGUGUAUUGAUUGACUUGGCAAAGGAGAAAUGCCCACUAACAGGGAUGUAAACAAAUGUAUGCACAAAAUUAGAGAGAAGCAUUUUGGGAGUAUGGAACAUUUCUUGGAUCUUAUUUAUUUUCAUGAAACAUGGGACCAACACUUUACAUGUUGCAUUAAUAUUUUUUUCAGUAUAGGUAUUCCCCCUGACAAUGCUGGUCAAUAACUAAAUGUAUUUUAAAUAUGAAUCCUGACCCACCCUCUUACUGCCCUCAAUAUGUUCACCUCCAAUUCGAUGCAAACCUUUUUAAAGAAAAUAUCUAUGCAAUGAUUUGACUGCAGUUUCCCUUAAAGUACAAAAUGCAACAAAAAUAACCGUACCAACCUUUUACGUCAAUGUCUUGGUCCAAGUAAUUCUGUUAAAUCAAUAUUCAGGUUUGCUAAUGUCAACUUUGAAGGCUCAACUUUCUCAUUUGUGAAGCUCCAUGUACGUAACCAUUUUUGCUCACCAAUCUUUCAGUAUUCAAUUUAGCGGUAUGACCAACUUAGCAUCCUAUUUUGAUCACCAUGAUCAUCCAUUUUAUGUGAAAGUCCAAUUAUGUGUGAUGUAUGAUGUUUUAGGUGGGGCUGUGAGCCUGGGCAUUGAAAUGUUUGUUUUUUAAUCAUUAUUACUCCAUUGCUUUCCAUUGAAUUGUCUCUUUUUUUUUACAUGUACUUGUUUUGCCUCCCAUGUGAGUUACCUGGUUAAACACGAACUGGAUUUGCUUCGGGAAAAAAUUACUACAAUAUGAUUCUGUUGUAAGAAUUAUUUGUGUCAAAUGUUGUACGCUGCAUCUUUUCUAAAGUUUUGGGUGAAAGACAAUCAUAUUUUCUUGUGUUCUCAUACUGUAUGUGCGGUUUUUGCUCAAGUCAUCUCAAUUAACUUUACGUUAAUCUGUAAGGGUGAUACAAAUUUGGACCCGAUUUGUUAGACCCAUUGUUAGAAUUGAAAGUGCUGGUUCUACCUUUGCUAGAAGAUACUGACCCUACUGUUAUGCUUGUUUACACUGAGCUGCACUAGACUCAAAAUGCAAUCAUGGUUACAUUAAGGCACUGGAGCCAGCACAAGAUAUGGGUGGGAAAACAUACCUCAAUGCAGGGAUGGGAUUUGCCACUGUACUCCAAAAAACUGCCCUUUUCAUCCUCAUGCUAGCUAGCCGUAGCCACAGCAGCCAUUGUGGAAUGGCACAGAUACCAACUAGUUACCACAACCACAAAUUGGGUGUAUUGUAAAACGUCAUGAAAACAAGCUUUCUUACUGUAAAGAAAGGUUUAGGCAUAAGAUUAGCAUUGCGGUUAAGGUUAGGUUUAAAAUUACAUUUUGGGGAGAGAAAUGGAAGAAAUAGGUGGGGUUUAUGACUGAAUUCAUGAAAACAAAAAAAUGUGCUUUUCUUAAUUUAAGGUAGGCAGUGUGAUUAGGUUUAAAAUCACAGUUUGAGAAGAGAAAGGGCAGGGUCUAUGUCUUUAGUAUCUAGUGAUGACAAAGGGCACGUCACGUUGAACAAAAAAAGCUAGCUGAUUGGCUGACUGCCAUUCCAAAAUGACUAUGGUGAAUAGUGCUAGCUAGGAGGAGCACAAAAAUUAUAAAACUAGCAAUAUUUCAAUCUUCUCUGUGGAUCCGUGUAAAGAUAAAAUUGAGUACAGUAGAAUAUCCCAGAGGUACGUUUUCCGACACUUACCUCGCACGAGCUCCGCAGUGGCCAGAGCAGCAGGUAGCCUAGCGGUUAAGAGUGUUGGGCCAGUAAUCGAAAGGUCGCUGAAUCGAACCCAAAACCAACCAGGUGAAAAAUCUGUCUGCCAAUGAGCAAGGCACUUAACCCUAAUUGCUCUGGAUAAGAGCGUUUACUACAUUACUAAAAUGUAAACGUAACCAUGGUUCUGACCCCAGUAGAGCUGUUUAAACAAGGGUCUGUCAUUUUCAGCCUUUAUGGAAUAGAUUUUACUUAACCUUUAGGUUAAAUUGUCAGGCGAAUAACAGCUCAAAUGGGGAUUUAUUUUGUAGCCAAUGGUCAGAUGCUUAGAAUGGUGAGUUCAUAGGUGCAAAACACUGGCGGAGGUUUUGAAAAAGUAGUUUGUAUUUUGGAAUUCUGUUCAUAGUUAAGUACACAUGAUUAUUUGAGCACUCAAUAUGUAAAAUGAGGGGGAAAUUUAAUAAUCCAGAGGAAUGUCUUCAACACCCAAAGAGUGAGAAGUUGUGAAGGAUUUCUAUUUUUAAAAGAAUGUAUCAUGUGAAAUUGGUUUGCUUACGCUUGUUUUGUAUGAAGUAGUAUUGUAUAAUAAAGCAAGUACUUUUUGAAUAAAGAGCAAAAUAUAAUACUAAUGAAAUCUUA